AUGAGGAACCCCUGGGCGUUGGCAGAUCAAUCGAAAUACUGUCGCUUCCACCAGCAACGUGGGCACGACACUGAACAAUGCCGGGAAUUGAAAAGACAGAUCGAGGAACUCAUCCGCAGGGGGCACCUCGAUCAGUAUCUCCACCCGAAUAAAGAAUCUUCUCCACGCCUAGAAGGGCCCGUUGACCGACGUAUCGACGUGAUAUCAGGCGGCCCCGCGUCCGGUGGAGACUCCAUGGCCCGCAAGAAGGCAUACGCCCGAGCCGCCUCAGCUGAGGCUCCCAGACACGCGCCCGGACCCAGUGUUACCUUCCCGGCCAGGACGUAUGAACAGGCUGAACACGACGAUGCACUCGUGAUAUCAGCCAGGAUCGCCAACGCGUAG